AUGGAAAAUGCAACUGUCAAUACUCGGAUGUUCCUGUCAACUAUUUCGGAGGAGGAAGAUAUUCUGUUUGGAAUAAUUUAUACCUUAUUUGGUAUUCUAUCAUUGGUUGGGAACAGUGUUCUCUUGUUUGUAGCGUACAGGAAAAGACAAAUACUCAAACCUGCUGAAUAUUUUGUUGCAAACUUGGCCGUCAGUGACAUUUCGAUGACAGUAACACUAUUACCGCUAGCCAUAUCAUCAAACUUUUCGCACAGGUGGCUGUUUGGUCAGCAAGCCUGUAUGUACUACGGUUUCUGUAGUAUGUUGUUUGGGAUCUGCAGUCUCACUAAUCUGACAGUGUUGAGCACCGUCUGCUGUAUGAAGGUCUGUUUCCCUGCAUAUGGGAACAGAUUUACCCCAGAACAUGCGCGGUUGCUCAUAGGGUGCGUAUGGGGCUACGCUUCUAUAUUUGCCAUUUCGCCCUUGGCAGAGUGGGGUCAAUAUGGACCUGAGCCAUAUGGGACGGCUUGCUGCAUAAAGUGGGCAGCAGCUGAUACAGAAUCCAAGGCAGUGUCCUACAUAAUUGCGCUUUUUGUGUUUUGCUACAUCUUUCCUUCUGUGAUAAUCAUUGCAUCCUAUGCGCUCAUCUUGUUGACUGUAAAAGGAUCAAGAAGAGCAGUCCAACAGCAUAUGUCUGCACAAACCAACACCAGCAAUAUUCACAGUCUAAUUGUAAAGAUGAGCGUUGCCGUGUGCAUCGGGUUCCUGAUAGCAUGGACGCCGUAUGCUUUCAUAGCGAUGUGGGCAGUGUUUGGCAGCACCGAGAGCGUUCCGCCCCUGGCCUUUGCUCUAGCAGCUGCCUUUGCUAAAUCAUCCACGCUGUACAAUCCGCUCAUCUAUCUGCUUUUUAAGCCAAACUUCCGUAAGCUUCUCAGCAAGGACAUCGCAAAGUUAUACAAGCUCUGCCGGGAGCCGUGCAGGUGCUGCGACAUCUCCCCGGCAUCGGCUCGCAAUCGGUCCUCUUUAACUUCCUCCAAAGUGCCGAAUGGAUUGGAAGACGGUCACAGCACUUACAAAACGUGCACCGACACGUUUGAAUGUUUCAGUAACUAUCCGAGAUGCCAACAGAAGGCUCUGGGUUCCGCAGAAUUCACCUCGAAAGGCAGCGCUGUUACGUCAAGUAACAACAGCGGGCGGCACGGAUCCACGAAAAAAAACACGAGGGUUCUGUUAACCGAAAGCCCACGAUAUCAGACUGAAAGUACGGAAGUUACUAUCAAUGCGUUGCCCACCAGUAUUACAAGGGAUCGGAUAUAA